AUGUCAAAAGGAAACUGGGAAGAGCUAGCGGCCAAAAAGCGCCAACAACUCGAAGCCUCAUUACCCGAAGAAUGGCGUAUUCCAAACCAUCUCCUACCGCCCGCAGACCAGGACGACGUAACCGGGUUCCCGGAAACAUCGGGAUGGUUUACGCCCGAAGAACUCGAUAUCACGAACCAGACCGCACUUCAACUUCUCUCGAAACUCACCUCCGGCGCGUUGAGAUCCGAAACUGUGACACGUGCUUUCUGUAAGCGUGCUGUUGCUGCGCAUCAGUUGACGAAUUGUUUAUCGGAGACUUGUUUCGAACGUGCGCUUUCUACUGCGAAGCAGCUUGAUGAACAUCUUGCGCGUACGGGCAAGCCUGUGGGACCAUUGCAUGGAUUGCCGAUUUCGUUGAAGGAUAACUUCAAUCUUAAGGGUCUUGAUGCUACUGUGGGCUUUGCUUCGCAUGUCGGCGAUCCGGCGCCGUAUGAUGCGGUUCUUGCAGAUAUUCUUCGUGAGGCGGGGGCUGUGUUUUAUGUUAAAACUAAUGUGCCGACGGCUAUGAUGAUCGCGGAGACUGUUAAUUGGGUCUUCGGACGCACUGUCAAUCCUCUGAAUCGUAAAUUGACGAGCGGUGGUAGUUCGGGUGGCGAAACUGCACUUCUUGCGUUUAAGGGCAGUCCGUUGGGUGUUGGUACGGAUAUCGGCGGAUCAUUGCGUAUUCCGGCCGCUUGCACAGGGACGUUUACCCUACGGCCCAGCUUUGGCAGGUUUCCGACGUUGAGGUGUCGAUCGGGUAUGCCUGGGCAAGAGGCCGUGCAAUCAGUCAAUGGCCCGCUGACGCAAACGAUUGAGGAUUUGGAGUUUUAUAGCAAGACGGUAAUUGAUGCGGAGCCUUGGAACGUUGACCCAAGGUGUCUACCGAUCCCCUGGCGCCCUGUUAAUCUACCAGCAAAAUUGAAGAUCGGGGUUAUGCGGGACGAUGGCAUGGCAAGACCUACGCCGCCGGUAUCGCGGGCUAUUGAUCGAGUGGUAGAUCAAUUAAAGGCCGCCGGACACGAAAUAAUAGAAUGGUCGUCAGAGGACCAAGGUCAGGGUCUACAGCUAUUAAGCCGGAUGUUCGUAGCGGACGGUGCCAAGGCGAUUAAGCGGGAAUUAGAACGAACCGGAGAGCCAGUGCGCCCGGAAAUGAGCAUGUACGAGAACAGGCGCGAACUCGGGGCACUCGAAUACUGGGAGUUGCAUCUCGAGCGCCAAGGAUACCAGAAGCGGUACUUGGACCGAUGGCGAGCCGCGGGUAUCGAUGCGUUGUUAUGUCCCACGACGCCGUAUAGUAGCGUAGAGAACGGCAAGUUUAGUCAUGUUGGUUAUACCGGUGUUUUCAACGUGUUGGACUACUCCUGCAUAUCCUUCCCCACCGGUGUCAUUGUCGACAAGGCCAUCGACGUCCCAUGGGACGAAAUGUUCAAGCCUCUCUCGGAUCUGGAUAAGAGCAUACGAUCCGACUAUAACCCCGAGACGGUUCACGGAAUGCCCGUAAGCCUGCAGUUGGUGGCGCAGAGAUUAGAAGAAGAGAAGUGCAUAGCGAUAUGCAAGGUUUUGCUAGACGAAUUAUAUUGA